AUGGCGAAACUCAAGGCACAUGAAGAACUCUCCACUAAUGCGAAUACUAUCAAAGCUCGCAACUGCGUCUCCAACCUUACUGAAGAUGAGAAGGCUGUUCACUUAGCACUCAAGGCUGACCAUGCUGAUCUGAGCUACUACUUAAAGAAGUUAUAUAAGUCUGCAAAGUCGCGAGAUAUUUUAAAUGACGAGGCUGUUCUACCGGAUGAGCUUUCCGAUGAAGAGAUCACUAGCACCCAGGCUCUCUUAACUCAAGCGCACAUUGAUGCCCAUGAAGAGUCCAAUUUCCGCAAGUGGCAACAUUUCUGGGAUAGCUGUAUCCACUCAUAUACGAGAAAGGCUGGAAAGCUGAGAAAGAAGCCUGAGCGUCUCUUUGAGUAUAUGCCGUGGAUUGAUGUAGAGGAAGGCUUCAAAGAGGCGUUCUUACUUGUCUACUCUAAGAAGUUUGAUAAGGAAAAGUGGGCUAAGGUAUCAGCUGCACAGGAUAUGUUGUUCCUGGAGCUAGAGUAG